CACUCUACUAUCAAAUUUAUCAAUUGAUUUGAUACCCUCAUAUAUUAUUUUAAUACUUUUAAAAUUAAAACUUUCUCUUCUUCUUGUUAAUAAAAAAUUUAAUUUGAGAAGUACAAAUAUAUUGCUGUAGGAAUAAUUUUUAAAUGCGAGAAAAUUCAAUCAGAAGAUAUGUACGCUCUUGACCACACAUAGAUUUCAAUCUGGGUGUUCCUUUAGUCGACUCCAGUUGAUCUGGAAGGAAACGGGCUGCUUUUUAUUGGGUUUAAUUAGUUUUAAUAGGGAGACCGAUCACUGAUGAUCGAGUGUCCUAGAAUUUUAGGAUAGGAGGUGUGGCUCAACUACGUCACUACUGAGCAACGUCACAAUCAGCUGCAAAAUUUGGUGUACGCAAAGUAGAUAAGCUGUUUUAAUCGAAAUUCGAAACCUUUCAGAUUUUUACAGAAAAAUGUAUAAAAUAUCUAUUUUUACUGAAAGUAAUUAUUUUAAAUAUUUGAAACUUUAUCAUGAUUUUCAUACUUAAAUAUGUAUUUUUAUUUUUGGUAAAUUGAUCUCAUUGAAUUUUUCUCUCCUUAAUAAAACCUCUCUUUAAAUGGUGCUUAAAAAAAAGUCGGACAUCAACAAACAUUUGACGGAAUAUGAAUUUUUGCUUAUUUUUAACACAAGAAAUAUGCUGAGAUAGCAGGAAGAACUUUUCUUUAGACACUGUAGGCUUCCCUGUUAAGAGCAUGGUGCAUUCCGCCAAAAUUUUGUCUUUUGUUAGUUAAAGGUAAGCUAAAAGAUUUUGGACACAAUGAGUGACGAGACGAUGGCGGCCGAAGAGGCUCCCUCUACCUCUGAACCUGAGGACGUUGAUUCACAACCAGCUUUGAUCCCCGAGGAGACUGCCGCCUCAGUGGGUAGCUCAGUCAUCGAGCACCCUGCAUACUUAACGGCGAUGCAAGAGAUCCUGAGUCUCAGGGCGCAGGUUAAGGAACUGGAGGAGGCUGAGAGAGAAAAAGCGCUGCUACAGGUCCAAUUGGAUACCCUGACGAAGACAGUAGAGAACCAAGCGCACGCCCUAGAACUGGCUAAGGUGGAAGCGGGUAAGCAGGACGAGGCGGCCGUGGCAGCGCUGGCCUCUGGAAAAAUUCAGUUGGAGCGGCUGCGGAAAGAUUACGAGGAGCAAAGGCGAGAGCUGGAGGUAACGGUAGUUCGAUAUGCUGUCAGUGAGCAGGCAGUCAUCAAGGCUAAAGAAGAGGCGCUUGCAAAUGAGCGAAAGGUUCUUGAGGCCAAGAAGGAACUUGAGGCUGUGCAGAAAAGGCUCAAGGCAGCCACCAUCGACCGCUCCAAAGCUGACAAGGACUUUGACCUUAAGUGCAAUGAAGUAAUGGCGAUAAGCAGGGAGAAAGAGAAGCUGCGGGAUGAUCUGCACAACAAAGAGACUAAGAUCAAGUGGGCUCACAACCGGAUCACGCAAGAAAUGGACGCUCAUAAAGAGACACAGGAAAAAUUGGACAAAGUUUCUGCCAUAGUGCAGCAGGCACAGGAUGAGGCCGAGCAGGCCAAACAAGAUGCCCUUGCAUCUGUCACUGCCUUCAAGCAAGCCCACGCGGAAAAAAUGAGCUCUUUAGAAUCACAAGUGCAUGAGCUGAAGGCGCAGCUAAUUGUGGCUGUGACAAAUGAAGACGCACGAAAAGUAGAGCAGAAAGAAGCCAACGAGGCAGCGCUUAAAAUCAAAAAGCUCGAGGAUGAGAAUGGAGUGUUAAGCGGGAGGGUGUUGACUUUGGAAGCCGAGAAAAUUGAGCUCCGACACCGUGUUUCCGAUUUGGUGAAAUGUGAGCAGGAAAAAAUUCACCUGGAAGAUGAACUGGCUUCAGUGAAAGCCGAGUUUGAAAACACGAGGACUGAGCUGGAGCAGCGCCGCGAAGAAGUGGAGGCAGCAGCAUCAGACGCUGCGGCGUGGCGCGCCAAAGAGACAGAACUCCUCAGUUACACUCAGCAACUGACAGACAAACUGGUGGCUGUCCAGUCAGAGGCCAUCGCCGCUGACAACAAGGCACAGCAGCUCGAGGCAGAUCACCAGCCUUUGGUCCGGCAAAACGCAGAGCUAGAACAGCAGCUGGCCAAGGUGCGGGAAGAACUUGAAGUUGAGAGGCAGGCCAGAUCUCAUGACGUCCAACUGCUCUCUCGAAAGGUGGCAGAGAACCAGGAAGCGGCAGAGCGGGCCUCGGCCAAGUUGGAGGAAGUGGAGGGUGAGUGUGCGGUGCUGAAGCGGAAGCAGCAGCUGGGAACCAAGGAGCUGACGCGCGAAUUGCAGCAGUGCCGUCGGCGCUUGGAGCAACUCGAAGCUGGCGGCUCUCUUGGAUCCCGCACCAACAGCUCAAGCUCCCUCGAGGACAACAACCAGACUGCCAGCACCAAUGGUGGGACGGUGGAGCCGCAGAUGUUGAUCGAGCACAUUGGCAAGCUGCAGAACAAGAACUCAAAGCUCAACGAGAAGGUCGAGUUCCUCGAGGAGCACUCGCGCACGUUGCUGCUGGAGGUGCAGCGCAAAACCAAACUAGUCCAGGAGCUGGUGCUGCGCCAGGAGACGGGCGCCCUUUCCUCCAGGGCCCACGAUCUUAACAAGCUGGAAUUAGCAAAGCACGGGGGCGUGAUGGCUUCGGUGUACAGCUCGCAAGACGAGGGCAUCACCUUGCAGCUGUCUCUGGAGAUCAACAAGAAACUGCAGGCAGUGCUUGAGGAAACGCUGAUCAAAAACAUCACCCUGAAGGAGAACAUGGACACCCUGGGACAGGAGAUCGCUCGACUGUCGUCUGAACUGAGCUCUCUAAAAAAGCGCACGGCAGCGAGCUAGCGACCAAGCCCUUUCCUUCAAAUUCAUUCCAAGUGCGACUUGUACCUUAAUUAAUCUAAUGUUAACAUAUUUGGAAACGAAAGUAUAUAUUGUGGCUGUAACACUGUAAAAUUUAAAUGUUGUACCAUACUAAGUAAGUUGUGAAUACGGUGAUUUUUUUGAGUUGUGAAACUGAUAAAGGUUUAUAAUAAUAUAUCAUACCAUGAAACCAAAAUAUAACAUAGGCUUGAUUU